AUGGAGCCGGAAAAGAAAGCCGACCGCUCCAGCGACUCGGCAUCUGGGGCCGAAGUAGAACACCGUGAUGGCCCGAGCACACAACACGCCGGCCAGCCCACCGAAGCUUCGGCUUCGAAAAAGGACGCCGCCCAGGAGCGCCUAGCUGCCUCGAGACAGCUGGCCAACCCGCUAGCCGGCCUCAGCGCCGAGCGUCUCGGGAAAAUGGGCGAGGACUACGCACGGCUGGCCGGGCUGACCAGCGACGAGGACAUGCGGGCGUUCCGCCUGGGCGCGGUGAUUGCUGGGGACCACACGCAGUACGACCAAAUCCCGGAGCUUACGGAGCGGGAGCGGGAGGUGCUGGUGCGGGAGACGACGCACAAGUGGUCGAACCCUAGUAUGCUGUACUGGGUCGUUGCUAUCUGCUCGCUCUGCGCCGCGGUCCAGGGCAUGGACGAGACCGUCGUCAACGGUGCGCAGAUCUUUUACAAGGUGCAAUUCGGCAUCGACACCAAGGCGUCACGCGACACCUGGCUUGUCGGCCUGGUUAACGGCGCCCCCUAUCUCUGCUGUGCCUUUUUGGGCUGCUGGCUCACCGACCCGAUGAACAAGCUCUUUGGCCGCCGUGGCACCGUCUUCAUCUCCUGUCUGAUCUCGGCCCUGGCUUGCUUCUGGCAGGCCUUCACUAACACGUGGUGGCACAUGUUCCUCGCCCGGUUUAUCCUGGGAUUUGGUAUUGGGCCUAAGUCGGCGACUACGCCGAUGUUUGCGGCUGAGUGCUCGCCGCCGAAGUUGCGUGGUGCUCUCGUCAUGCAAUGGCAAAUGUGGACAGCCUUUGGCAUCAUGGCCGGCUACAUCGCCGAUCUGGCCUUCUACUUCGUCCCCGACCACGGCAUCGAGCAAGGGCUCAACUGGCGCCUGAUGAUGGGCUCCGCCAUGCUGCCGGCCGUCGUGGUCUGUCUGCUCGCCUACAAGUGCCCGGAGUCCCCCCGCUGGUACCUCACCAAGGACCGGCAUGGUGAUGCCUUCGCCUCGCUCUGCCACCUGCGCUUCGAAAAAGUCCAGGCCGCUCGCGAUCUCUUCUACACCUACACCCUCCUCGAAACCGAGAAAAAGACCAUGUCCAUCGGCCGCAGCAACCGCAUCAAGGAGUUCUUCACCAUCCGCCGCAACCGCAACGCCAUGGUCGCCUCCGAAGUCGUCAUGUUCAUGCAACAAUUCUGCGGCGUCAACAUCAUCGCCUACUUCUCCUCGGAAAUCUUCGUCGAAGCCGGCGCCAGCAACGUCGUCGCCCUUUCCGCCUCCCUCGGCUUCGGCGUCAUCAAUUGGCUCUUCGCCCUCCCCGCCUUCUACACCAUCGACACCUUCGGCCGCCGCAACCUCCUCCUCACCACCUUCCCCCUCAUGGCCCUCUUCAUGUUCUUCACCGGCUUCUCCUUCUGGAUUCCCCAGGAAUCCACCGCCCACAUCGCCUGCAUCGCCCUCGGCAUCUACCUCUACGGUGUCGUCUACUCCCCCGGCGAAGGCCCCGUGCCCUUCACUUAUUCCGCUGAAGCCUACCCGCUGUAUAUCCGCCCCAUCGGCAUGUCCCUCGCCACGGCCACUACCUGGUUCUUCAACUUUGUGCUAGCCGUCACCUGGCCCAGCAUGCUGGAAUCUUUCGGUCCGCAGGGCGGGUUUGGAUGGUACGCGGGGUGGAAUAUCAUUGGGUUUGUGCUGGUGCUGUUGUUUGUGCCGGAAACAAAAGAGAAGACGCUGGAGGAACUGGAUAGCGUGUUUGAUGUGCCGCUGCGGUCGCAGGCCGCGUAUGGGGUGAAGCAGAUGGGGUAUUUUGUGCAGAGGUGGGUGUUGUUUAGGAAGGAUGCGGUUAAGCCUACGCUGCCGAAUCAUGUGCCGGAUGAUGUGUUUACGAGGGAGAAGGACGCACCGGUCAGGGAGAAGAGUGGGGAACGGGAUGGGACGGUGGCUGCUUAG